ACCGACGCCUUCCCUGGCUCCCCAGUGUCCGCCAUAGCCAAAGCCUACGACCACCUCUUCAAGUUGCUGCUCAUCGGGGACUCGGGGGUGGGCAAGACUUGUCUGAUCAUUCGCUUUGCAGAGGACAGCUUCAACAACACCUACAUCUCCACCAUUGGAAUUGACUUCAUGAUCCGCACUGUGGAUGUAGAGGGGAAGAAGAUCAAAUUGCAGGUCUGGGAUACAGCCGGCCAAAAGCGAUUCAAGACGGUAACUACUGCCUAUUACCGUGGAGCCAUGGGCAUUAUCCUAGUAUAUGACAUCACAGAUGAGAAAUCCUUCGAGAAUAUUCAGAACUGGAUGAAAAGCAUCAAAGAGAACGCCUCUGCUGGGGUAGAACGCCUGCUGCUGGGGAACAAGUGCGACGUGGAGGCUAAGAGGAAGGUGCAGAAGGAGCAGGCUGUCAAGCUGGCUCGGGAGCAUGGGAUCCGAUUCUUUGAGACAAGUGCCAAAUCCAGCACAAAUGUGGAUGAGGCUUUCAGUUCCCUGGCCCAGGACAUCUUGCUCUAGUCAGGAGGCCGGAGACCGGGAAACAGCCACAAGCCCCCUGGCACUGACCUGAAAGCUUGUGACAAGAACAACACCAGCAAGUGCUCCCUCGGCUGAGGACCCUAGGCCUGGAGGCUGAACCUGAGGGAGGCAGGGCUGUGGGUGGGCAGGGGAGAAACAGCAGGUGGGACUUGGAGGGGCUAGAGGUAGGUAGAUGGUGGAAGAGUAGGGAGCAAAUGGAGAAGAACAUGGGAAGGCAAGAGAAGGAAAGUAGGUAGACUAGAGAGGGAAGGAGAGGCAAAGAGGAGAGAGAGGCGAGGGAAUGAAAGGAGAUGAGGGGGCAGGAAAAGACGGGAGAAGGAAAGAACGGGCCCUGGGUGUCAGACCUUCCCUGGGCUUUUAGGGCAGACAUAAAUGUAAAUAAACAGUUGAUUCGUUGU